GGGACCAAGUAAAGAGCCAUGUUGAAGUCAUUAAAGUGGACAAUAAAGAACAAUUACUUGACGAAGUCAAUGUUAAAUCUGGUGAAGCAGACAAAAGUAGAAGCUCAUUCCAGGCGUCAAAAAAGAAUGAUAAUCACAAAGAAUCAAUUCAUGACAAAAAUGUUGAUGUAUCAGAUGCUGGCACAGGAGUACGAUCUUUUUUAACAUCGCCUCUUAACAGUGAAGAUAACAAAGAAACACUAGAUGACAUUAACACUAAUAAUUCUGAGAAUACGGAAAUGGUUUUUGAAGUGGACAGUAAAGAACAAUUUCUUGACGAAGUCAAUGUUAAACCUGGUGAAACAGACAAAGCCAUUGAAGUGGACAAUAAAGAACAAUUACUGAACAAAGUCAAUGUUAAACCUGGUGAUACAGACAAAGCAGGGGUACGACCUUUAUUAACAUCGUCUCAAAACAGCGAAAGUGAAUCUAACAAAGAAUCACCAUUACAUGAACAUAACACGAACAAUUCUGAAAAUACAGAAAUGAAUGACAAUUCAAAUGAGGCAGAAAUACAGAAUGUUAGUGAAAAUCAUAAAGAAUCAAUCCUUGACAAAAUGAAUGAUGAAUUGGAUGUUCCUGGAACGAAUUUGGUAGAAACAGAUACAAAAUUCAAAGUCCAGUCUCAAAAUCAUGACCAAUUUCCACAACAUGGUGAAAGUAAGAUUCAAUCUCGUACCAACAGAUUUACAAAUGAAGAAGGUUUUAAAGGUGACAGUUAUGUAAAGGAGAUUAAACAUGAAGAAAGUCUUAAUUUUGAUACACAAUUGCUAUCAGCAGCUGGGAUGAUCGCCGACGCUUUUGGGAUGACUGCCAAUGACAGUUCAACAGAUGAGCAUUCAGAUAUAGAAACGGAAAGUUCUUCCACUAGAUCUAGCAGAAAUGGAAACAGUGAUGCUUCCAAAUCUGAUUCAGGGUUAUCAGAUGAUCACACACAAUCAGAUGACGACAGCGAGGGCUCAGGAACAGUUGUAGAAAUAGAUCGGACUGAAUUCAUGAUUGAAGUUUAUAUGCCGUUUAUUAAGCAUCAAAUUAUUGUAACUGACAUUCUAGAACAUAUAGAUUUUAUAGAAGACCGUGCACGUGAAAUAAUUAAAAGUAAACACAAAUAUUGUGCCCCGGAUGCGUUUGAGCGUCUCAUUUCUGAAAUUAAGAAAAGCAGAGCUGAAGGCAAAUGGCAAACAUUUCUCCAAGCUCUCAAAUCAGAAGAAUACAAAUACAUAAAACUCCUGAUUGAGGGGAAAACCGAGAAACACCAUGACGGCAACAGAGCACUGCUAAGGCUUCUUACACCAGAACUUGUUAGAAGAUUACACUUACCAACAUUCCUUGAUAAAAUUUACGAAAAUGAACUGUUGAAUGAAAGGGACAAAUCCGUAGUACAAGCAAAAUUUGGAUCGAGUGGGGAGUAUGAAGCAAUUAAGGAUGCACUAGAUUAUGUCGGUAAACAAAAACAAAAAGAAGAUUGGAAUAAAAUUCUUAUACAAAUAUUUGAAGAGCUCGGACUAUGGGAUAUAGCGGAUCUUUUUGAAUUUAUCAAGCCAACGGAACAAAACCUGCCGGUUCAAGAGACAACAACCCUGCCAACAAAGGGGCGGAAUACCAAAAGGAAAGAACGUGAAUGGCGACUAAAGUAUCUUUCAACUAGAAAAAGUCAACAUUCAACUGCUGACGGAACUGACGAUUCAAUGCAAUUGGCAGAAGUACACGAAUUCCCACCGCUCGACCAAAGUUUGCCUACUCGCCAAGACAUCAUCAAACUAACAUCGGAGAUCAGAAAACUCCGUAAAACAGCAGAAAGACAAAUAAUUCUUAGAGGUCAAGCUGUAAAUUAAUGAACAUUUGUCGAACAUUUUAAAACAAAUUUUGAUCUCUCUUCAAGGUUCAUCUUUGAUUUUCAUGGCUUUCUCUAUACAUUUAUGCUUUAUACAAUUUAUUGAAAAACUUAUCGAAGUAAAAACAAUACAAAAACUAAAAUAUAUAUUUUGUAUCUAUAUACUUAAGACUCGUUACGUUCCUCUAAUAUGUGAUUUCAAUAGCCGGGAUCGUGCAUUUGUUGGAGACUUUCAUUGAAACAGCUUACUAC